ACCUCAACGAGACCAAGUUUCAGUUGAAUAAGGAAGUAAACCAACCCCUCCCACACACACACUUGAUCAUCAACAGCUAGAGGAAAUAACUUCAUCGGACAACAGACAAUGUAAUGAUUUUGUUUCCAGCGCUUUCUUUCAUCCGACUGCAGACAGUCGCCUAAAGUCACGUCGGCUCCGGAUGGCCAGAAUCUGCAACUUUGCUGAAAUGAUGCUCAACUUUCUCCGCCGCUCACUGCUCCCAGUUGUCGCAGUGGCUGUUCUUAGCGCUGUUAAAGUUGCUGAAAGCCAGAAAGUUGCUGAAGACUUUGGGACAUCUUCCACACCGUCUCCAGUUUAUCCCACUGUCAACUUUCAUGUCCUCAAUGUGAACCACGUGUUUCUCAGGCAGGACAGUCCAGAGCCAUCAGGGAACUCCAGCUUUAAGGCUCAGACUGAGACUUUUCUCAUCACUGGCCCAGUUGGUGGGCUUCUCCAGCCAGUUGUCAAUGCAUCAUAUGGCCCUCUCACUGUCGAUGCUCCAAUUUCUCCAGACCAGCUCCUUAGUGGGCCCAGGAUCCUGCCAGUCAUUUUGGUCCGCCAGGUUCGAUCUUCAUCUCCUGUUGUCAAGAUUCUCUUCCACAUGCCUGCAGAAGGUGAUGUCACUGUGGGGCAAGAAAGGAUUGGGUCUGGAGAAAUUAACUGGAAGAAAGGGGCUGGAGCCAAGGCAAAAGAUAGAGCUCAAUGUGUGACAGCCUACGCCUUUUGGGGUACGAGGGAAGUUCGUGGGGCAUGCCUGGUGUCUCCAGAUGGAUUCUGUGUGGCACAGCUGAAACUAGAACCUGUCUGGUUCAGCUCAGCCAGCCGAUCAGGCAGCUCUAGCAGGGAAGCAGGAAGAACCGAAGGAAUUAAAGGGCUUCAGGGGAACCUUGUGGAGGUCUACUUCCAAAGUCGGAGGGAUCACACAGGUCAGUGUACCCCUCAGGAUAGCCUGCAGCGUGUAGGAGUGGGCAGAGGAAGAGGCUCUGGGGGAUCAGGAACACCGAUGAGGCGGAUAGGAAGUGUUAAUCUGAUCAGAAGUCCACCAGGGAACCCAACCUUUCUUCGACUGAGACUAGGAGGUGCUGUGGUGAUCCAGACCUCUUCGAAACCCUUGAAGACCACAGACAUGGCAACUUUCUAUGUCUUCCUGGCAAGCACAUCUACCCUGGAAAAUUUCACUCUGAGGGUGACAGUAAAAACGGGCCUGACAUUCAGUGCAGCACGUCCCAGUGACUUGACGCUGUGGGACGUCGUUGUGGAGCCUGGCAGAGGAGCGAGUCCCAACACUGUCUCUGUUGUCUGUCAGAGGAAGGUUGCUGUUACUGCAAAGAGAGGUCUUCUGGAGGUUUUGCAACUGGAUUUUGUGCCAAAAGAUGUUUCAAAGCAGGUCGAGAGUCAGACAAUCUCCUGGCGCCUGGAGUUGCAGGGUAGCGUCAAGGAUGUGGGUAUAAUGCGGAUCUACACAACUGAGAGAGACUAUGUGGGGCUGGCACCGCUGGUCAUGAACACCGAUAUCUUGAAUACUGCCGUGUUGACGGGUGAAAUGGUGUCAGUCCCCGUGAAAUCUCUGGCUGUGGAGGCCGAUGGCUCAGUCACUGAUGUGACCAGCUACACCAGCUGUCUGUCUACAGAGGAGGAUGUGCUCAAGAUUUCAGAGCGAUGUGACUUUGUGUAUGUAAAUGGGAAGGAGACGAGAGGAAAGAUCAGGGUGAUGCUCAACUUCACUUAUGGUUUUCUGAAUGCCCAGCUGGAGAUGAGUGUAUGGAUGCCCCGCCUGCCUUUGCAGAUUGAUGUGGCUGACCCUGAGCUCAGCCAGAUCAAAGGCUGGAGGGUCCCUGUGACUACGGGCAACAGGAGGUCAACAUGGGACAGUGAGGAAGAGGAGGAGAUGAGGAAGGGCAGGGGUUGCAUGCUGCAAUACCAGCACUCUACACUGAGGGUGCUGACGCACUUCAUCGCUCAGGCUGAUGCUGAGGUGCUGCCUGAUCUAUUAACUGGGGCUGAGCCUGUUGAGUACUUCCUGGGUCCUGACUGGCAGGUGGAUGUGACCAGUCUUGUCCGCUAUUCUCUAAAAGUGGCAGAUCCUGAUGUAGCCAGGGUGCAGGAUGGGCGGGUGCUGGAGGGACGUGCUGUGGGCUCCACUACUGUACAGGUGCUGUCCCCUCUGACGUCGUCUGUCCUGGCUGAGAGGAGCAUCAAGGUGGUGGAUGACAAAGUGAGUGUGACAGAGCUGGGGGUGCAAUUGCUUUCUGGACUGUCUCUGUCCCUGCAGCUCAGCCCAGGGAGCAACGGGGCCAUCGUUGCCACGGCAACCACCAGGGAGACGAUCACGCAGCUCAAACAGGAAGCAGUGGUCAGCUGCUGGGUUCAGUUCAGCGAUGGCGCAGUCACUCCGCUGGAGCUGUUUGACCGCAGUAUCUACUCCCUGACAGUCUCUACACCUGAUGAGGGGGUAGCCACAGUGCGCCGCACCCCACAGUUCACAUUUAUGGUAGCUGAAGGUGAAGGUGAGGGCCGGGGGGCACUAGUGAGAGUGGAGCUGAGGAUCUGCGAGGAAUGCCAGAAGUCAAAGAGGAAGAGCAAGUUGGCAGUGGGCACGGGACUCCUCAGGCUCAACUUACAGAGUAGCAGCAGAGUUGUAGCAGGAAGUGGUGGUGGUGGUGGUGUAGCUGACAGUGAUGAAAAUAAAGAUGCUGACAGCGGUGCAUCAGAAGUCGCAGGUGAGCUUAAAACAACAGUAACAUCACAGCGUGCUGUCACAGAUAUGGAUAAAUGGUUGUUUAGAAGCACAGUACCUGAUCAGCGAGAGUCCAUCCUUGCAGAAACUACCACCUCAACCACAUUUUCAACACGAUAUGCGCAGCCACAUGUUGUGUGGAUUGGAACUACAACCAGAGCUGCAAGAGGUAUCACAAAUGCAGUAAUGUCCUCCACUGCCACUACAACUACGAACAAACCAAGCUUAAACGCACCACUGAGCACUGCAAGACCUAUUGAUGCAACAGUGGGUUUAGUUAGCAAAGGAGAAGGGCAGAAAAGAAGCUAUGGGAACAUAAUUGAUAAUCCCAUUUCACCCCCUGUCAAAGAAAUUCCUAAAGCAGAAGCAAAUCCCAAGAAAGAGUCUCCAAAAUUUAAAACUCCAAAAGUAAUCGAGAGCGAUCUCAUUAGGACAUUUAGAGCCAUGUCAGACUUGGAAAUUGGCAUGUAUGCCUUGGUGGGGGUCUCCUGUGUAGCUAUCUUAGCCUUUUUGCUUAACUGUGCUUCUUAUAACCUCUGUUUCCGGAAUCACAAGACCCCCGUACAGGCAGGCCCAGCACCCAGCGGGGAUCAGAAGGAUCACAAGCAUGACUGGGUGUGGCUGGGGAGCAACAGUCAUAGCACUCCAGCCCCGGGUGCCCCAGCUCAAGUGUCCACACUAAAACGUGAGGCUCAUCGCCCUCUGGAGGCCCGUCAAUCCAUGGACUCCAUUGGCCACCACAGCCUGGAGAGCACUACCCUGCCCACUGUGAGUGCCCCUGCUGUUCCCGAAAGAACUGCCACCCUGGGCCGCAGCAGGACCAGCUCCCAGCAGCAGCAGUUGCAGAAAAAGGCAAUUGACCCCAUGGCGAACCGUUCAGCCACCUUGCUGGCCAGGCCACAUCACAACGAGCCACUUCAUUCCCCCACAAGUAAGCGGAACCAGGUCCAGUUCACCACCUUCACCACACUGGAUAUCAAGCACUUGGCUGCACUUAAGAAGAAUGGUGUGGACUUAAACUGGGCCAACCAGCAAACACAGCAACACCAGGUCCCUGCCGAGCCACAGACGCCUUUACCUGAUAUGCCGUGGCCUGUGGUCAAACCUCUAGGAGAGCCCCAGUGAGUUUGUGGGGCAUGUCUCUGUGGGUGUAUGAGUAUGGGCGAAUGUAUGUGAGAGCGAGAACAAAAAAGCGUACAUACACAGCAAGGUCUUGUGUGGAAUGUGUAUAAGAAAAGAAGCUAAUUUUUGUUUUUUUGAUAAAACAUAAAUCACUUUGGGAGAUGUGUAACCACGAAGACCAGCAUAAGAGAUGUUGUAAAUAUACAUAUAUCUAUACUAUUACUUAUUUCUACAUUAACAACUCAAAAGCAAUGGAUUUUUCUCUGGACCUCCUUGUUCUUCUGUACAGUUCUCUUGCCCCUGUAGAAAUGGCUCCAGAUGUUGCUAGUUGUCAGGGUAAAUGCAGUAGGGGAGGGAUUAUUUCUUGUAAGUAAUUCUAUUCUUUUCCAGCCUUUUGUACUUUUUUCUAGGAUUCCUCUGGUGAAUACCUGAAGAGUCUGUGCAGUUUGUUAGAGAAUAUGCAACAUUUAUCAACUUAUUCUGAGCAAUCUGUCACUGUAGUGUUAUUUAUUCAAAUCUAAUGCGUGCUAUGCAAAUGCAACUUGUGCAGAAUUGGAAGUGGACAUUGUUUCUGAAUUCUUAACAAAGUUACCCUGGGCUUCAGGCUCCUCUCGUGGGUCUGGUUCUACAAUUUGUAAAAAUGUCUAAUCUUGGUCCCUUGACACAGAGCAAUACAUAUUCAACUCUAAGAUUUAUCAUGUGUGAAGGAAAAAUGAUGCCUUUUCUAUGUAACAUCCUGUUCUUUUUUAAACCCAAAUGUGAUGUGUAUUUCCUAUGAGAUCCUAUCAAUAAAC